CGGUUUAGAAGCUCCUGGACGAGCGUUUGCGGCAGACGGAAGAAACAGCUGCGGGCCCCUGACGGUAACAGAGCCCGCCUUAGCCGCCGCCAUCUUUACUGGGAGAAAAAUCAUCGUUGACAUGAGGGAGGAACCCGUAUUGUCUGCGCGUGGAAGUGUCUGCGAAGAUUCAUCUAAGAUGUCCAGACGCCAGUGCAGUCACGCUGGGGAGAGACUGUGGAAAUGUGAGGAUUGUGGGAAGGCAUUUCUUGAUCCAUCCGUGCUGAAAAUCCACCAACGCAGUCACACUGGGGAGAAACCAUUCACUCACUCUGAUUGUGGGAUGGCAUUCACUCGGUCACCCAACCUGCGAAUACACCAGCGGGUUCCCACAGAGGAGAGACCAUUCACCUGCCCAGUUUGUGAGAAAGCGUUCGCUCAUUCAGCCAGCCUACUCAUACACCAGUGGGUUCACACUGGGGAGAAACCAUUCACCUGUUCUCAAUGUGGCAAACGAUUCACUCAUUCAUCUAAACUCCUGGAACACCAGCAUGUUCACACUGGAGCGAGACCGUUCACCUGCUCCAAUUGUGGGAAAGGAUUUACUAACUCAUCUAAACUGUGGAACACCAGGGCUUUCACUCUGGGGAGAGACCAUUCAGCUGCUCUGUGUGUGGGAAGGGAUUCAUUCGGUCAUCCAACCUGCGGUUACACCAGCGAGUACACAUGGAAGAGAGAGCGUUCACCUGUUCUGAAUGUGGAAAAAUAUUUAUUCACUCAUCUAAACUGCUGAAACACCAGGGAGUUCACACUGGAAAGAAAGCAUUCACCUGUUCUGAGUGUGGAAAAGAAUUCACUCACUCAUGUAGACUGCUGAUACACCAGCGACUUCAUACUGGAGGAGACCAUUCAACUGUUCUGUAUGUGGAAAAGGAUUCAAUUGCUCAUCUGAUCUGCUGAUACACCAGCGAAUUCACACGGGGGAAAGACCAUUCAGCUGUUCUGAAUAUGGGAUGGGAUUCAUUCGGUCAUACAACCUGCGGAUACACCAGUGGGUUCACACUGGGGAAAGAUCGUUCAUCCGUUCUGAAUGUGGAAAAAGAUUUAAUGGCUCAUCCGUUCCGCUGAAACACCAGUAAAUUCAUACUGAGGAGAGACUUUUCAUCUGUUCUCAAUGUGGAAAAGGAUUUAAUCACUCAUCUGAUCUUCUUAAACACCAGCGAGUUCACACUGGAGAGAGACCAUUCACCUGCUCAGAUUGUGGGAAGGGAUUUAUCCAAUCAUCUAGCCUGCUGAGGCAUCGAAGAGCUCACACUGGGCAUCGAAGAGCGCCAUUCAUCUGCUCCAAAUGUGGGAAAGCAUUCACUCAGUCAACAAUCCUGCUAAUACACCAGCGAACUCACAUGAUAGAGAAACCAUUCACCUGUUCCGAUAAUGGGAAGGGAUUUACCCAGUCGUCCAACCUGCGGAGACACCAGCGAGUUCACGCUGGGGAGAAAUAGUCACUCAGUCAACUCACUUGCCGAUACACCAGCCUAUUCACUCUACAGAGAGACCAUUCACUUCUUUUGGAUGUGGGAAGGGAUUUCAAACUGUUAACGCAACAGUGAAAUGACACUGAGUGGAUCCCGUUCACCUGCUGUGUUUGUGUAAAAGGCUUUGCUGUUUGCGAACACACCAGCAAAUUCACAAAGAAGCAGAGGUGAAGGGUUUUGCUUUCACUGACACCAAGGAAUGAACAUUGGUCAUGGGCUGUCUGCCUUGGUGUUAUUAAAUCCUGCUCUAUUAAAGGGGCUGAUUAUUGAGGAUAAAACAUUGAUACAAUUGUGUAUCUGUAGGAUGGGUUUUGAAAAUAAUCACAAUGUCAAUGUACAUCAACACAUUUAUGCCAGGUAAAGACUGUCCACCUGCAUAUUGUUUGCAAAGUGACUCUGUGACUCAUCAGGACUGAUUAAACAGCAAUGCAUUCUGUAGUAA